AUGGAGAUCCCUUCCCCUCCGCACACACACCACCUCCUUCCGCUACGCAGACUCCCCCACCAAAGCACGCCACUGACACCCCGCCCCCGCCACUGACACCCCGCCCCCGCCACAGAUCCCCAGCCGCCAUGGACCACGACCUCAAGGACCGCCUUCUCCUCCCGCCCCGCGCCGCCUCUAACGCGCCUCACCGCCGCGGCAAGCCCGCGGCGGGCGGCGGCAGCGUCGUCGGAGUCGUCGCCGGCGGCGGCGGAGGGAGCGGCGUGUCCAUCGACGUCAACGGCCUGAAGAAGCGCGGCGGCGGGCGGCGCUCGUGGGUGCGCGUGGACGCCACGACGGGCGCGUCCGAGGCCGUGGAGGUCGCCAAGCCGGCGCUCAUGCGGCGGCUGGACCUGCCCGCGCGCGACCUCCGCCUCCUCGACCCGCUCUUCGUCUACCCAUCCGCCAUCCUCGGCCGCGAGCGCGCCGUUGUCUGCAACCUCGAGCGGAUACGGUGCAUCAUCACCGCCGACGAGGCGCUCGUACUGCGCGACCCCGAUGCCGACGGCGGCGCCGCUGCCGAGGAGGCCGUGUGGAGGUACGUCAACGAGCUGCAGCGCCGUCUCGUGGACCGCGCCGACGACCUGCCGUUCGAGUUCAUCGCCCUGGAGGUCGCGCUCGAAGCCGCCUGCUCCUUCCUCGACUCGCAGGCUGUUGAAUUGGAGGCUGAAGCUUAUCCACUGCUAGACGAGUUAACAGCAAAAAUCAGUACCCUUGACUUGGAGCGUGCUCGACGUCUAAAGAGCAAGCUGGUUGCAUUGACUAGGAGGGUCCAAAAGGUCAGAGAUGAGAUAGAGCAGCUGAUGGACGACGAUGGUGAUAUGGCUGAAAUGUACCUCACAGAGAAGAAGAGGAGGAUGGAAGCAUCAUUGUUAGACGAGCAGGGCCUUCAGGGUAUUGGAAAUAAUGUGUUUGGCCCAUCUCUCUCUGCUCCAGUUUCCCCAGUUUCAUCACCCCCUCCACCUCGCCGGCUUGAGAAGCAAUUUAGUUUUGCCAGAAGCAGGCACGACAGCUUCAAGAGCUCAGAGAGCAGUCAGUAUAACAUAGAAGAACUGGAAAUGUUGUUGGAGGCUUACUUUGUGGUUACUGACUACACUCUCAGCAAAUUAACUUCGCUGAAGGAGUAUAUUGAUGACACAGAGGAUUUCAUCAACAUACAGCUGGAUAACGUCCGGAACCAGCUUAUCCAGUUCGAGCUGCUGCUGACCACAGCUACGUUUGUGGUGGCCAUCUUCGGGGUUGUCUCGGGAGUCUUCGGCAUGAACUUCGAGGGGGUAUCUGUGUUUAAGGUGCCGCACGCGUUCGAGUGGACACUCAUCAUAACAGGUGCUUGUGGCGCAGUCGUAUUCGCCUGCCUCCUUUGGUACUUCAAGAAGCGAAGGUUCUACCCCUUGUAAAUGGCCUUCUUUACACUGCAUCGUGCAGAGAGCAGCAUUGGAAUUUUCUCAAUUCUUUUUCAGCUUUGCUGGUACGAAAAUUGUACAUACAUUUUCUCCUUUGUUCAGACGAAGAAAUAUCUAGGUUACACCCACACCCUGACGGAGCUGGCUGCGUUGGCUCGUAGUUAUGUACUGUAUACUCUGUACAUGUGAUCUUGCUUUUGAAGCUUCCAGUGGCUUCACGUCUGGACCGAGCCCGGUACACAUUGUUGUUAGAAUCAUGUGUGUCUGCGUGA